CCAAAUGGAAAUCCACUAUCUAGUUGGGAGAUGGAGGCAGAGAAUGGGAGGGCGUCCUGGGGACCUUGAGAGCUCUGGUCUCUCAGCACCUGAGGCAGCGGCCCAGGUUGUACUCUUAGUUCUCAGGGUGUCUUUCUGAGAGUCCCUGGGCAGCCAAUUCAGAUGUGUUCUCUCCCUCCUCAUCUCUCAAGCAGAGACAGAAUUCUUGGUAAGAGAUGCUAGCUUGAAUUCAUGAUUGGCCCAGCAGAGCUGAAAUCCUCUCACAGACACGUCCAUACCUCAGGGUGGGCAGGUGUGUAGAUGAGGGAGGACGGAAGAGAGGGCAUCUGCACACUGGCUGGUCUGCUAGAGCCUCCCUCCCUUAGCCAUGCUUGUGCCUGUCAUGACUCUGUGUUUUGCCCUCUGUUUCCCCAGACAACUCGCCAGGAGAGAAUGACUCUGAGAAACAGCUCCUCAGUGACUGAGUUUAUCCUUGUGGGAUUAUCAGAACAGCCGGAGCUCCAGCUCCCUCUUUUCCUUCUGUUCUUAGGGAUCUAUGUGCUCACUGUGGUGGGCAACUUGGGCUUGAUCACCCUAAUUGGGAUAAAUCUGAGCCUUCACACCCCCAUGUACUUUUUCCUCUUCAAUUUGUCCUUUAUAGAUCUCUGUUAUUCCUGUGUGUUUACCCCCAAAAUGCUGAAUGACUUUGUGUCAGAAAGUAUCAUCUCUUAUGUGGGAUGCAUGACUCAGCUAUUUUUCUUCUGUUUCUUCGUCAAUUCUGAGUGCUAUGUGUUGGUAUCAAUGGCCUAUGAUCGCUAUAUGGCCAUCUGCAACCCUCUGCUAUACAUGGUCUCCAUGUCCCCAAGGGUCUGCUUUCUGCUGAUGUUUGGUUCCUAUGUGGUAGGGUUUGCUGGGGCCAUGGUCCACACUGGAAGCAUGCUGAGAUUGAGCUUCUGUGAUUCCAACAUCAUUGACCAUUAUCUGUGUGAAGUUCUCCCUCUCUUGCAGCUCUCCUGCACCAGCACACAUAUCAAUGAGCUGGUAUUUUUCAUUGUUGUUGGAGUAAUCAUCACGCUAUCCAGCUUAAGCAUCAUCAUCUCUUACACGUUGAUACUCUCCAACAUCCUCCAUAUUCCUUCUGCAGAGGGCAGAUCCAAAGCCUUUAGCACAUGUAGCUCCCAUAUAAUUGCUGUUGCUCUGUUUUUUGGGUCAGGGGCAUUCACCUACUUCACAGCAUCUUUUCCCAGCUCUGUGAACCAUGGCAGAUUUGCCUCAGUCUUUUAUACCAAUGUGGUUCCCAUGCUUAACCCUUUGAUCUACAGUUUGAGGAAUAAGGAUGUUAAACUUGCCCUGGGUAAAACCCUGAAGAGAGUGCGCUUCUAAUGGGUCUCUCUGUAUCACUGGCAACUGGUUUU